GGCGUCAAGAUGAACGACAACGUCUUCCUUCCCGCGUCAGAGCUCCGCGAGAAGUACGACGACUACGAGGGCCUCGUCGACGAGAUCAACGAGGCGGUCGGCACGACCCUCGGCGACGCGUUUCAGGUGGCCGUGGGCGAAGAUCCGGGUGGACAGCCGCGCGCCCAAAACAAAUGGAUCAACAUGGUUUUGCAGGAGCUGUACGUGCGCAUGUCGACUAUCGGCGUCGUCAUCGGCAUCAGCAUCGCCUUCGUCGUCCUCGUGCUCUCCACCCGCAACCUCCUCGCCGCCUCCAUCUCCGUCCUCUCCAUCGCGUGCGCCCUCGUCACUGUGAUUGGCAUCACCGUCGCGAUGGGCUGGGAGCUCGGCUCCAGCGAGGCCAUUUGCCUGAUGACCCUGACCGGCUUCGCCGUCGACUACGUCGUCCACCUCAGCCACUCGUACAUGGAGUCCACCUCGCACUCGCCGCUCGAGCGCACGCACGACGCGCUGCGCGACAUGGGCAUCUCCGUCUUCUGGGGCAUGCUGACCAGCUUCGUCGCGGCGCUCGCGCUGGCGUCGUGCCAGCUGCAGUUCCUCUCCAAGUUUGGCUACUUCUUCCUCCUGACCAUCACGUUCGCCUACCUCUGGGCCGUGCUCUUCCUCAUGCCCCUCCUCGCCACCGUUGGCCCCCGCUCCUCACCCGCCGACGGGCGCGCGGUGCCGCACACGCCGUACAACUCGAACACCACCCGCCGCAAGGUGCCCGACGCCAUCGAGGUGGCAUAGGGCGGAGCCGGGGGGGGGUUAGGGCAAGUCCCUGCCGCCUUUUGUACAUUAGGGGUGAGGGGGGGUUGACAUGAGCCUCCGGCGCGCUAGUGCUCUCUGAGCGCGCGUCGCCGUGUGUGGGAGAGCGACACGAGGUUAGUGCAAGCAGGUGGGCACGUGCUCCGCUCGGCUCUGACUGGCGACUGUCCGCUUUUUUAUUGUGUCGCUGAGAGGCGUAUAUAUUGGUCACUGUGUGUUUGAAUAAUGAAAGAUGUUUGGUCGCGUUUC